CAGGUUUUCUCUUUUUUUAGUUGUUUUUUGUUCUUCUUCUUCUCCUCCUCCUCCUUCUCCAUAUUCUCUAUAUUCGCUGGUUCUUGUUUAUUCUUUUUCGCAGCUUUUCUUUAGUGUUUUCGUGUUUGUGCUCCGUAUUUCCUAUUGCCACUUACAUACGUUUUUGCCUUGGUCAUAUUUACGGUUCUUAUAACGAGAAAGGUAAUUUUUGACAUCAUUAACGUUUUUUAACGAGAUCGUUAUCCGAUACUUUAGCUUAGUUAGGUAUAUGGUUGAAUUUUUGAUUCUUCCUCACUUACCUAUUUCCUCAGUAACGUGGUAUAUACGAAAAAUUGCUGUUUAGUCAGUCAGUUAUUUCUCGUAUUAUAGCAAUUAAAAGGCUAUAUAAAGGUUUAUUAACGGCCAUUUUGUAUCCAUAUUUUUGUUCAUUUCUUGUUUUUUCACAUUUUGGUUUCAACACCUGAAAAUUCCCUUUUUUUUGCCCCUCCAGCUUUGUUGUUUUCUUCAUUGUUAAAACUAAUUGAUCUUAUUGAAAUUUCUUUUCCUUUCGUUCUUUCCUUACUUCACUUGCAGGUUUGGAUUACCUGCAUUCUUAUUUAAGAUUUUCCAUUACAAAAUCUAAAUUAAUUAUUUACUUUUUCUGCAAAAAGGCGUCUUUUAUUUUUGUCCACCACGUUUACCUUGGAUUAAUAGACUCGGACUGAUUAUUCUUUCCUGCAUCCGUUUUAUUUUUGUGUUUUUGUUUUAUUGUUAAAAAAUGGACCCAAAUUCCUCUUCCAUGAGCAUGGGAUCUCCUUAUCCCCCUCCUGAUUCCAUUCAACUUCAGCAGCGACAUCCUUUUCCAAAGGAAGAUGACAAAACCAACGACUUUACAAAACAAACCGCUUCAGAUUUUGAUUUUGAUUCACGAACCUCUCACGAUAAAGGUAGUGUCGAGUCUUACAGAAAGAGUUCUUUUGGUACCCGAGUUUUAGACGUUUUCCGCUCCUAUAAACUUGCUCCUGAUAAUGAUAAUACAGACGUCAAAAAUAGUGAAGACUUUUUGAAGCCUCGUCACCUACAAAUGAUUGCCAUCGGUGUUUGUAUUGGUACUGGUCUUUAUGUCGCCGUCGGAAAAUCUCUCAAAAACUCUGGUCCAGGUAGUGUUAUGAUUAAUUUUAUUCUCCUUACUUCCAUGAUUCUUCCGUUAAUUAUAUGCCUUGGCGAGCUUUGCUGUGUGUUUCCUAACCAACCUAGUAUUGCCAUGUAUCCGGGUCGUUUCUGUAGUGAAAACCUUGGUUUCGCUGCAUCCUGGCUGUACUUUCUCUUUUGGCUUACUACAUUACCUAGUGAAAUUUCUGCUGCUACUGAGGUCGUUGGUUUUUGGAAAAGUCAGCAUGCCAAUACGGCCGUGUGGGUCACUGUUUUUCUGGCUUAUGUCGUUCUUGUUAAUGCCAUGGGCGCUGCGGGUUAUGGCGAGACUGAGUUUUUUAGCUCUUUCCUUAAGGUGCUAUCUAUUAUUAUUUUUUUCUUUGUUUCCAUCAUCAUUAACUGUGGUGCUGCUCCCAAAGGUAGCUAUAUCGGUGCCAAAUAUUGGCAUGAUCCUGGAGCCUUUAAAAAUGGGUUUAAAGGUUUUUGCUCUGUCUUUCUUGCUUCCGCUUAUUCCCUUAUGGGUACCGAAAACGUUGGUACCGCUGCCGGAAACACUACUAACCCUCAAAAGGCUAUUCCUGCCGCUGUCAAAAAGGUUUUUUAUCGGGUACUUUUCUUCUACCUCAUCACCAUUUUCUUGAUUACCUUAGUUGUGCCUUACAACGAUCCCGAAUUAGGGAAUGUGAGUCCUUUCAUUAUUGCCAUCCAGAACAGUGGUAUAAAAGUGCUUCCUGAUAUCUUUAACGCUAUUAUCUUAGUUUCGAUUUUAUCAGUUGGCAAUAGUGCUGUCUUCGCCGCUUCUCGAAGUGGCAUUGCUCUUGUCCGUCAAGGAUGGGCACCUCGCUUUAUUGGCCGAGUUGAUCAAAAGGGUCGUCCUGUCAUUAGUUAUUUGUUUUCCUUUGCCUUCGCUUGUCUGAGUUAUGUUGGCGCCGCUCCUAAGGGAGGGGUUAUUUUUGACUGGUUGUCGGCUGUAUCUGGUGGUGGCUCAUUCUUCGUUUGGGGAUUGACAUUCUUAUCGCAUAUUCGCCUUAGGCAUGCUAUGAAAGCUCAAAAUGUUCCUGACACUAUAUUGCCCUAUCAGUUUAAAGGCAGUCUCUAUAUGAGUUAUUACGGGCUUUUAAUUAAUUUUUUAGCAUUGUGUACUUUGGUGUAUAUUUCCAUUUUCCCCCUUUCCCAUAACCCUCCUAAUGCUUAUGACUUCUUUGUGUCUUUUCUGGGUCCUGCGUUCUUCAUUGUUUUCUUAAUCAUCAGUCCUUUUGUUGUUGGAUUCAAAUAUACUCCUUUAAAAGAUAUCGAUCUAGUUACUGGCCGUUAUGAUAUAGUGGGUAUGAAGAGCUUUAGAGCGGAUUCUAAUAAUGCUGAGAUUGAGCAAAAAGAUAAAGAUAGCAAUGUCGUUUUUGAGGCUCAGAAUUCGGAUCCUGAGAAGUUUGCUGGAGCGUUUCAGAAUAGUCCUCCGAAGAGAGGCAUUUUCAACCGCAUCUAUAACAUUAUGUGUUGAUUGCAUUUAGACAUGCAAUGGUCGGCACCAUUGAAAACUUCUUAUGACGACUCCUUCAAUGAGAUAUGUGUCCCUUUCCGUUAGAAAAUGUUUGGUUUCGUUAUUUUUUUCCAUCAUGGAAAGUGUUUUUUUUUAGAAAAAAAGUUUUUGCCCGAAGAAACUUCUUUUUUUUUGUCCACAAUCGUUGUUUUGGUUGUAUAAAAGAAUCCUGAAUUGGAUGGAUUCCCCUAAGGAUUGAAAGACAGAGAAAGCUAAGAAGCUAAAGGUUCUUUUGUCUUCAAUAAGCUGUGCUUGUAUCGUUUAGUUUUGUCGUAUUUAUUGUUUCUGUAUCUCCUAAUAAUUUUGUAAUUGUUCCAACCUUCUUUAUUGUUUUGCAAGGUUCGCAAUACCAAAAGAAAAUGAUUCUUGAUGUGUGUAUCAUCGUUCUGCUUUCAUCUGUUUCUCUCGGCAGUACCCAUAGAAGAAAAACUAAAUGAAUAAAAGAUGCUGUUCUGCAUUUGUACAAGUUGUCUUUUCUAUCGAUAUGUUCAUCUGUGCCAAUCAAAAAGUUCUUGCUCAAAUGAAGACGAAGCUGACUGAUGAAUUGUCAAAAAUAGGAUUUCCUUUCUACGUUUAUUUCUUUCCCUUGUAUUCGUUUGUUUCGUUUUAAAAGCAGAGCAGAGUCAUACUGCAUUUUCUUCUCCAGCAGGCCUGACUUUGAUUUAUUGUAUUGCUCUUGUUUUUAUAGUAUCUUUCCGGCAAAUCCUUGUAAGGUUCCACGUUUAUGGGCAACCAACUUUUCUGUGCUGUGUAUUAUUUUACAUGUUUUUCCCACUGUUUUGUUGUCAUCCUUCUUUGUCUUUUUAUAUAGUGCUUGCUAUUGUUAGUCUGAUAAAUAUGAAUUGCUUUCAUGAUUGAUACACGCAUAUACGUCUAUUUAUAUAUUUUUAUUAUCUGGUGAGCAUAGAGCAUCGCAUCAUUUGAUAAAGCGCUUCUAUAAUAUUAUCUAUUUUAAUUUCUAAUCCAGAACCUUUAUUGCGUGGAAAUCCAUGCGAGCUCCUCCAAAGUACAUAGGAUCGUUGACGAAAUAGGAAGAUAGCAACUGUAGACGAACAGUCUUAAAUAAAUAAACAGAUAAACAGAUUAAAUGAG